AUGAAAAAAAAAUCGAAUGUGGAAAGUAUCAUCUUUUCACUGCACAGGAGUUGCAUUAGGCCCAGGUUUUUGAAAAGACAACAUAAUGAUUCUAUUUCAGAAAAGGAAGAAGCUCAAUCACACGCAAAUCCCCUUUCCCAAUUGUCGUCCAAACACGUGUUGCAGUUGCACAGUCAAAGCCCUGAGGCCCAGCCACUUCCCCUUCCCGGUACCUAUUUUGCUUUUAGGAACGAACCAUCUCUUGAUGGGGGUCCCAGAAACAAUCCAUCCCCUUGCCAUCUGAAAUCUGGACAUGUGAAAACCAAGAUACUUGCUGUGGUUGGUGAAGGGGACAUGGCUACUCUUUCCAACUUUAGUGAUACAUCGAGUGAUACUGACGAUCCAUGUGACUCGCGUCUCAUAAGCCCUCAGGAAUCUGAUUACGAGAAUGGAAUGAGAUUCUACACAACCAGUCCGUGUGGUUCAAGAGAGAUGGUGAAGCCAGCUAAUAGUUUGUUGAAUUAUCAGACUAGCCCCAUAUCACCUAAGCAGAGGCAUGUGAAUUGUAAAGUUCGUCCACAGGCUCAUCAGGGUGUUAUAAAAAAUGCUCCAGACACUCCAGUUUCAAGUCCUCCUAGAAGUCCAACAAGGCUUUUUGGUAAUGAACAAGCCACGGAGUACGGUUUCUGGCCAGGAAAGCAGCAUGCAGACAUAGCUAUACAAGGAUCUGGACAGUGCUCUAGCCCAGCUUCUGGAUAUAACUCAGGAAACAAUUCCAUUACUGGGGAUAUGCCAUGUCAGCUCCUUUGGCCGCAUAGCAGGUGUAGUCCUGAGUGUUCCCCCUUGCCUAGCCCCCGAAUGAUGAGCCCCGGACCUGGCUCAAGGAUACACAGCGGUGGGGUCUCACCUCUUCAUCCUCGUGCGGGGGGGACCACAUCUGAGCCUUCUGCAGCCCGGUCUGAUAAUAGCAGGCAACAGAGCCACCCAUUGCCUCUACCUCCAGUGCAAUCUGGUACUCCUCCAUUCGUUCCAUCGUUUUCACCAGUUACAUCACCCAGGAUGUCCCGAAGUCCUGUUAGGAUUGACAAUCCUUUAAGCCCAGCAUCAUGCUGGAAAAAAGGACGAGCACUUGGAAGAGGAACAUUUGGACAAGUUUAUUUGGGGUUUAAUAGCGAAAGUGGUGAGAUGUGUGCCAUGAAGGAGGUUACAUUAUUCUCUGAUGAUGCCAAGUCAAAAGAAAGUGCACAGCAACUGGGACAGGAAGUUGCACUUUUAAGUCGUCUACAUCAUCCAAAUAUAGUGCAAUAUUAUGGAUCUGAUAUGGUAGAUGACAAACUAUAUAUAUACCUUGAAUAUGUAUCUGGUGGUUCGAUUCACAAAAUUUUGCAAGAGUAUGGGCAGUUGGGUGAAGCAGCAAUCAGAAGUUAUACCCAACAGAUUUUAUCUGGGCUGGCUUAUUUGCAUGCCAAAAAUACAAUUCAUAGGGACAUCAAAGGAGCAAAUAUUCUUGUGGAUCCCAAUGGGAGGGUAAAAGUGGCUGAUUUUGGGAUGGCAAAACACAUAACUGGGCAAUCAUGUCCAUUGUCGUUCAAGGGAAGCCCAUACUGGAUGGCACCUGAGGUCAUUACUAACUCAGGCGGUUGUAACCUUGCGGUGGACAUAUGGAGCCUUGGGUGCACUGUGUUGGAGAUGGCCACCGCAAAACCACCUUGGAGUCAGUAUGAAGGGGUUGCAGCCAUGUUCAAGGUUGGAAACAGCAAGGAACUGCCCAAUAUUCCAGACCACCUAUCGGACGAAGGCAAGGAUUUUGUAAUGAAAUGCUUGCAGAGAAAUCCCAGUCACCGACCUACGGCUUCCCAGCUACUAGAGCAUCCUUUUGUUAAGAACUGUAGCUCAUUGGAAAGACCCGUUCUAGGUGCUGAGCCUGUAGAAUCCAUUCCUGCAUUUACGCAUGCUGUCAAAACACUGGUCGAAGAAGAGAGAGAUAGGAGCCAUUAUUUUUUGAAGAGGAGAAAUUCCAGCUGCUACUGA